GUUAAGGUACUCCAAAAGAAAAACACACACUACCCUGCAUCGCUAUUAUUUUAAUCCAAAAUCUACCAACAUGGAUGAUACACUAUAUUGCGAUCUUCCUUCACUAGAAUCUGUUCAAAACUAUAUGCUUGACCUAGAAAACGAUUCCAACAAUCUCUCCAUUGUUUCCAACAACGAAAUCUACCACUCUCCAACGUAUGAUCCAUUCCUAAGCCCCACAUUAGGUAUGGAAGGUGUCCACGACGUUCACGCAUGUGAACGACCUGUGGACACACUUGAAGUUCACACGCCACCGGUGUGUAAGCAUUACCGGGGCGUGAGGCAGAGGCCAUGGGGAACAUUCGCAGCAGAGAUAUGGGACUCAAAGAAAACUGGUGGAAGAGUUUGGCUUGGGACUUAUAAAAUUGAAGAAGAAGCAGCUUUAGCAUAUGAUAAAGCUGCUUUUAAGAUGCAUGGUAGGAAAGCCAAGUUAAAUUUUCCUCAUCUUAUUGAUACUCACACAUCUUUGGAGCCGGUGAGAAUUAGAAAGGCUUCGAAGCCAGACUCCUCAAAGCCUUGUUCCUCAUUUUCAUCGGCUCCAAAGAGGCAAGGGUCAAAGAAGAGGAAGAACACGGCUGAUUUGUUGAACAGGUUGGCUACCAGCAGAAGCCAAGUGCAAGUGUUUGAAAUGGGUUCACAUGCAAAUGAUGCUGACGUCAAUGGAGGAAUCAAUUGAAUGUGGUCUCGUGGUGUAAAGGUGCCCACAGUUUUCUGCUAUGUUGUUUGGUCUUCUAAACAAAAAUAAUCGUAGUGAUU